AUGACCUCUGCAGAUAAAGAGGAAGAUGUAUUUGGUAUGAUGGUGAUUGGUGGCAAAACGACAGAUGAAUCUGAUGUUUCAACACUGACCACGACGGUUUCUUCAGGGUUUACAAGUUACGUUACUCAAACCAGCUAUCUAACUAUUACAAGUGUGCUUCCAAGAGAGACAACUAUCACCAAAACUAUAACAGAUCACUCGUCUAGUAUAUCCUCAAAUUCUUCACCACCAGCUACUGUGACAUCUAUAAAAACAAGGUUUAGACCAACAACUUUUACCGAAACUGAAUAUGAAGAUUUUAGCACAGAAACAACCACUGAAUAUGAUGAUACAUUAACAGUGACUAUUCCUAAGAAAACUAUCACGAGACAUAAAGGAACAACUACUGAUACUGAUACCCUUGAAGUGACUUCAACGUUCACAACCAGCAAAACCAAAACGAUCCCAAACAUUACCAUUACUGAGUUUGAAGAAUCUGACCAAACCGUUACUUCGAUCUUGACCAAGUCAGUUACGUUGACUGAAACUCAAUAUGAAGAUAUCAUCACCAAAACUGUCACCACAUACUCCGGAGUUAUCAGUGAAACUGUUGCAAAGAAAACCAUAACGGUGUAUGAAGAUUCAAUUGAGAUUACUGAGACUGAAACUGAAACUGAAUAUGAAACUAAAUUUAAAACAAAAUGGUACCCAGAGGAAACUGUAACUGAAUAUGAAGAUGAAGAAACCAUUACAGAAAUCAAAUAUUACCCAACAACCACAACAGACUCAACUACAGUUACUACGACUACGACUGCUACCACAACUCUGACGAGUACACUGGCUGGUAGAGCAAGACCACAACCUAAUGUUAAUGUUGCUCCAUUGUUACCUAGAAACUAUGAAGAUGAAAAUGGAAACAUCACAGAAUCAAUUAAAUCUAAUAUAACCAACAAAACUGGUAACAAGAGUUCAAUGGCUGAUCAAUUAAGACCUGGUAAAGAAUUCACAUCAGAUGGUAGCAAACCAAAUUUAAGCGUCUUUUUGGUUGUCAGUGGAGUCAUUACAAUUGGUGCUAUAGCUUUAUCUUUGUAUACUUAUUCAUUAGUUGUUGAAGAUGAUGAAGAUGAUGAAGAUGAAAAACAGAAAGAGCUUGAUAGUGAAUCUCAUGAGACUGAUAAAGGUGAUAUGUUUCAUGAAGUUGAAGUGCAAGGUUGA